GCGCGCUGCUAACCGCGCUCUUCGACCAUCUCUCACGAUCUCACGGUUUAUUGAAGGCGAGGAUCAAAUAUUACGAUAGAACAUUGGUUACACUUCUUUGGUUCUUGAACAUUUUAAUCCACGUGCUCUUGGGAAAUUGUUGCCUCUGCGUUCGCUCUGAACCGAACCUCGACUCAUCGGAGAAUAAGUUUGCCGGAUACAGGUGCGAUCUCUACAACUCCAGCUGAUGAUCACAGACACAUAUUUGGACUAUCAGAAUUCCAGGAGAUCAUAUCAGAUCCAGCGCAAGAUGAAGUCUGCUGGAGCAGGUGAUGAAGGACUUUUCACGGAGAGCUACUGUAACAUCUGCAAUGCUCAGCUGAUCUCCGAGUCCCAGCGUGUUGCACACUAUGAGAGCAAGAAACAUGCCAACAAAGUGCGGCUGUUCUACAUGCUCCACCCUGAAGAUGGAGGCCCACCAUCAAAAAGACUGAGACCAGACAAUCCGGACAGCGCUGAGAACGAGGUGGACAGAAACAAAUGCUGUACGCUCUGUAACAUGUUCUUCACAUCUGCGAUCGUGGCUGAGUCGCAUUACCAGGGCAAGACGCACGCUAAGAGAGUUCGCUUGGUGUUGGGGGAGUCGCCAAGUUUACCAACACCCACAGAUUCAGCUCCUCCCACCCCUCUGAGCACAGACCCACCCCCUCCUUCAUGGAUACCGUUGGCCAAUCACGGAGAGGCGGGCAAGUACUGCUGCUUGUGUGGUGCCUGGUUCAACAACCCGCUGAUGGCACAGCAACACUAUGAAGGCAAGAAGCACAAGAGAAAUGCGGCGCGGGCACGGCUGCUGGAGCAGCUGGCAGGCAGUUUGGAUGCCAACGAAAGCACAGGUUUGCGUCGGAGUUACUCGUGCAGUGUUUGUAAUGUGGUCCUGAACUCCAUAGAGCAGUAUCAUGCACAUCUGCAGGGCUCCAAACACCAAAACAAGAACCACCAAAACAACAGCAAACAACUGUGUGAAGGAUUCACAUCGAUCUCAAACCCUCGCCAUUCAAGAACAACCAUAACAACAACAACAACAAACAAUUUUGAGCCGGCCAGAUCCAGCUCCGUUCCUGCAUGCUGUCGGACUCCACUGCUAUGUGUCGCUGAGUGAUGAUGAUUAAAUGCAGCCUGUGCCAGCCAGACAUCACUUCAGUCUAUUAUGAUGAUAUUCAGAGGAUGAACUGAUGCCAACUCCAAACAUAAGACAUGGGAUACUACAUAUGCCACUGCCUGAACCUCGGACUUAGGGUAGACCUCAGCAAAAUGAUCUGCCGGUUGAACUACGAUGCACCUCACUGAUCUAUGCCUGCAUCACCUUGGUCUAAUGAUGGACUAUACUCUUAACAUGGAAUACAUAGACUAUCAAUUAAUUGCCAACAAAAGCCUUCAUCAGCCAACUAACAAAGGACAAUGCAUCUCUGUGAACUUCUGCAGUUAAUCCAGGAUGGACUUCAAAGACUUUAGUAAUUAGUCUUACAGUUCAUACAAAAUCUUUGUUUAAACACUGGCCCUUAACACUUACUUAUUUUUCUAAUUUCAAUCUAUGGCAUGCACUGCACACAAAUAACUAAUAUUGGCAUUUUAUUGAUGCUUUUUAGCUAGAGGGGAACUGCCCCCCACAGUGAGCCUGGUUGCUACCAAGUUUUUUCUCCAUUAACCAACAUCUUAUGGAGAUUUGUGUUCCUUGCAACCGUCACCUUCGGCUUGCUCACUGGGGUUCUAAGCACAAUUAUUAUUUAUUUAUUUAUUUGUAUACACAAUUUACAAUCAUAUUUAGUAAUAUGACUACUAUAUUAUGAAAUAACUACACAAUUAUGACUCUAAGACUUUAUAGAUAUUACAGUUUUAUG